AUGACGAUCGUCCAAUCUCGUUCCCCUAGCCAUAUAAAUUUGGAUGCUCUCAUUAUCGGUGCUGGCUUUUCCGGGAUUUACCUUCUCCACAAACUGCGGGAUGAGUUAAAGCUGAGCGUUAAGAUCUUUGAAGCGAAAUCAGAUAUCGGCGGCACUUGGCAUGCAAACCGCUAUCCCGGCGCACGAGUUGACUGCCCAGCACCGUUGUAUGCCUACUCUUCGCAGAAGGUGUGGAAGUCUUGGACAUGGGGCGAGAAGUAUCCAAAUCAAAAGGAAUUGAAGACCUAUUUCGACCACGUUGACAAAGUUCUGAACGUGCGGAAGGACUGCUUCUUCAAUUCUGAAGUCAACAGUGCGACAUAUGAUGAGGUCUCUUGUCAAUGGACUGUCCACACCGUGAAUGGCAAAGUGGCAACGGCUAAGUAUCUGGUUGUGGCUGUUGGCUUCGCCUCCAAGUCUUAUGUCCCGGAUUGGAAAGGAAUUGCUUCCUUCAAGGGUACGAUUUAUCAUUCAGCUCAUUGGCCAGAAGGUGAUGUUGUUGUGAAGGGUAAGAAGGUGGCGAUCAUUGGAACUGGGUCAACCGGCAUCCAAAUCACACAGGAGUGGGCUAAGGAGGCAGAUGAGACGUUUCUCUUUCAAAGGACCCCCAACCUAUGUUUACCAAUGAGGCAGCAACAGUUGGAUGCGGGUCAGCAGAGUAAGGACAAAGGCGGCUAUGAAAAAUACUUCGUCGACUGCCAAUCAACUUUUGCGGGACUCGAUUAUCAGCCAACACCGCGAAACACGAUGGACGACUCACCAACAGACCGCGAGGCAUUCUAUGAGAGGCUGUACGAACUGGGAGGUUUCAGGUUUUGGUUCAACAAUUAUCAGGACUUAAUAUUCAACACAACUGCAAAUCGAGAGGCAUACGAAUUCUGGGCCCGAAAGACCCGUAGCAGAAUCACCGAUCCAAUUAAGCGCGACCUUUUAGCUCCAUUGGAACCUCCCCAUCCAUUUGGAGCAAAGAGGCCAUCUCUUGAGCAGGACUUCUAUGAGCAGGUCGAUAAGCCAAAUGUCCACAUUAUCGACACUAAGAGCCAUCCCAUUGUCGAAGUCAGGCCUGAGGGGAUCGUUACGGCGGAUGGAAAGUGCCAUGAGGUUGAUAUUAUCGCUGUUGCCACGGGAUUUGAUGCAGUAACUGGUGGCUUGAUGCUCUUAGGAUUGAAAGACACUGAUGGAAUCGAUCUCUGUGAGCGUUGGAAGGAUGGUAUGUCGACUUACUUAGGGAUGGCGAUCAGUGGAUUCCCGAACAUGUUCCUCUCGUAUAGCCUCCAAGCCCCAACUGCCUUUGCAAAUGGACCUACUAUAAUCGAACUUCAGGGGAAUUGGAUUACUUCCAUCAUAAGCAGAAUGGAAAGUGAGGGUGUUCGAUCAAUCACGGCUACCAAAGAGGCCGAGAGUUCUUGGAAUGACGAAGUAAAUACUGUGGCAAACGCGACCGUCCUACCUCUGGCCAAUUCAUGGUAUAUGGGGUCAAACAUCCCCGGCAAGCCAGUCCAAUCACUGAAUUAUAUUGGAGGUCUACCUACGUAUCGCGAGAGAUGCGACAAUGCUAUCAACCGAGACUUUCUGGGAUUUGUUAAAAACUGA